CCUAUGUAUUUAUUUUCAUUUCAUUUUCCUCUCCAACUAAUUAUACAUACACUUUAAGCUUAAAAAAAUGCAGCCGUCCGGUGAUCCGGCGCCGGAGAAGGAGAAAGAGAUGAAGCAGCCAAAAGUGUCACUGCUUAAGCUCUUCUCCUUCGCAGAUUUCUAUGAUUGUGUUCUAAUGACUCUUGGAUCCGUAGGAGCUUGCAUUCAUGGCGCCUCCGUUCCGAUCUUUUUCAUCUUCUUCGGCAAACUCAUCAACAUUAUCGGUCUUGCUUAUCUUUUCCCAAAACAAGCCUCUCACAGAGUCGCCAAGUACUCGUUGGAUUUUGUAUACUUGAGUGUGGCUAUACUAUUCUCAUCAUGGUUAGAGGUUGCAUGUUGGAUGCAUACGGGAGAGAGGCAAGCGGCGAAGAUGAGGAGAGCUUAUCUCCGGUCAAUGUUAAGCCAAGACAUAAGCUUAUUCGACACCGAAGCUUCUACAGGAGAAGUCAUUUCCGCCAUCACCUCCGACAUCCUCGUCGUCCAAGAUGCUCUCUCCGAGAAGGUAGGAAAUUUCUUGCACUACAUAAGCCGGUUCAUAGCUGGUUUUGCAAUUGGAUUCACUAGUGUAUGGCAAAUAAGUCUUGUCACUCUCUCCAUAGUCCCCUUAAUCGCUCUAGCCGGUGGCAUCUAUGCGUUUGUCGCCAUCGGACUUAUCGCUCGUGUCCGGAAAUCAUACAUCAAGGCCGGUGAGAUUGCGGAAGAGGUGAUCGGGAAUGUGAGGACCGUUCAAGCAUUCACUGGUGAAGAAAGGGCGGUGAGAUUAUACCGAGAAGCUCUGGAGAACACGUACAAGUACGGGAGAAAAGCCGGUUUAACUAAAGGACUAGGUCUUGGAUCGAUGCACUGUGUCUUGUUUCUGUCUUGGGCCUUGCUCGUAUGGUUCACAAGCGUUGUGGUCCACAAGGAUAUCGCCAAUGGUGGCAAAUCAUUCACUACCAUGCUCAACGUUGUCAUCGCCGGCCUGUCACUUGGACAAGCGGCGCCGGAUAUUUCUGCGUUUGUACGGGCAAAAGCUGCUGCUUAUCCGAUUUUCAAGAUGAUUGAACGGAACACGGUGACAAAAGCAAGCGCAAAAUCCGGCCGUAAACUAGGGAAAGUAGACGGGCACAUUCAAUUCAAGGACGUGACUUUCAGUUACCCAUCUCGCCCCGAUGUGGUGAUCUUUGACAAGUUAAACCUAGCUAUCCCUGCCGGGAAAAUUGUGGCACUUGUUGGAGGAAGCGGAUCAGGGAAAAGCACGGUCAUAUCUUUGAUUGAGCGGUUCUACGAGCCCAUUUCUGGAGCAGUGUUGCUAGACGGGAACAAUAUCAAUGAGGUGGAUAUUAAGUGGUUAAGGGGACAGAUUGGUUUGGUUAACCAAGAACCAGCUCUGUUUGCAACAACGAUUCGCGAGAACAUUCUGUAUGGCAAAGACGACGCGACAGCUGAGGAGAUCACCCGUGCUGCAAAGCUCUCAGAAGCCAUUUCGUUCAUCAACAACCUCCCUGAAGGAUUUGAGACUCAGGUCGGCGAGAGAGGGAUUCAACUAUCUGGUGGACAGAAACAAAGGAUUGCUAUAUCAAGAGCAAUCGUGAAGAAUCCGUCAAUACUCUUACUCGACGAAGCAACAAGUGCUUUAGACGCAGAGUCAGAGAAGAGCGUGCAAGAAGCGUUGGAUCGAGUGAUGGUUGGGAGAACAACGGUGGUAGUUGCUCACAGACUCUCAACCGUAAGAAAUGCUGACAUCAUAGCAGUUGUUCACGAAGGGAAAAUCGUUGAGUUUGGAAACCACGAGAAUCUCAUAUCUAAUCCCGACGGAGCCUACUCUUCUCUUCUUCGUCUCCAAGAGGCUUCCUCGUUGCAGCGUAACCCUUCCUUGAAUCGCACGCUAAGCAGGCCACAUAGUAUAAAAUACUCGCGGGAACUAUCAAGAACAAGGUCGAGCUUCUGUUCAGAAAGGGAAUCAGUAACUCGACCGGAUGGAGCCGAGCCAUCCAAAAAGGUGAAAGUAACGGUGGGACGUCUUUACUCUAUGAUCCGUCCGGACUGGAUGUAUGGCGUGUGUGGCACGAUAUGUGCCUUUAUAGCUGGAUCUCAGAUGCCCCUUUUCGCGCUUGGAGUCGCGCAAGCCUUAGUUUCAUAUUACAAUAGUUGGGAUGAGACUCAAAAAGAGAUCAAGAAGAUCGCUAUCCUCUUUUGCUGUGCCUCCAUUAUCACCGUAAUUGUCUACACCAUUGAGCAUAUCUGCUUCGGUACUAUGGGCGAGCGUCUCACUCUCCGUGUCCGCGAAAAUAUGUUUAGAGCAAUCUUGAAGAAUGAAAUCGGGUGGUUUGAUGAGGUGGACAACACAAGCUCAAUGUUGGCAUCGCGGCUUGAGAGCGAUGCGACUUUGCUUAAAACCAUAGUGGUCGAUAGGUCUACAAUUCUACUGCAGAACUUAGGUCUAGUUGUAACCUCUUUUAUCAUCGCCUUUAUACUCAACUGGCGUCUCACUCUUGUUGUCUUGGCCACAUACCCUUUGGUUAUAAGCGGACAUAUCAGCGAGAAACUUUUCAUGCAAGGAUAUGGAGGAGACUUGAACAAAGCAUACUUAAAGGCCAACAUGUUGGCUGGAGAGUCUGUUAGCAACAUCCGCACAGUCGCCGCCUUCUGUGCUGAGGAAAAGAUUCUAGAACUUUAUUCAAGAGAGCUUUUAGAACCUUCAAAAAGUUCUUUCAGGCGUGGACAAAUGGCCGGACUUUUCUAUGGUGUCUCUCAGUUCUUCAUUUUCUCUUCCUAUGGCCUCGCCCUCUGGUACGGAUCAACUUUGAUGGACAAAGGAUUAGCGGGCUUCAAAUCAGUGAUGAAAACAUUCAUGGUUUUGAUUGUGACGGCGUUAGCUAUGGGUGAGACAUUGGCUCUAGCUCCGGAUCUGCUGAAAGGAAACCAGAUGGUUGCGUCCGUAUUCGAGAUAUUGGACCGGAAAACUCAGAUCGUUGGAGAAACCAGGGAGGAGCUGACUAAUGUGGAAGGCACAAUUGAGCUUAAAGGCGUCCACUUUAGCUACCCUUCGAGACCAGAUGUUGUAAUUUUCCGGGACUUUGAUCUUAUAGUUCGUGCCGGAAAGAGCAUGGCGCUCGUCGGACAGAGUGGAUCCGGGAAAAGUUCAGUUAUUUCACUCAUUCUCCGGUUCUAUGACCCAACCGCCGGAAAAGUGAUGAUAGAAGGAAAAGACAUAAAGAAACUAGAUUUGAAAGCACUGAGGAAACAUAUUGGUCUUGUUCAACAAGAACCGGCACUUUUCGCCACAACAAUCUACGAGAACAUAUUGUAUGGAAACGAAGGAGCAUCUCAAUCUGAAGUCAUAGAAUCAGCCAUGCUCGCAAACGCUCACAGCUUCAUUACCUCUCUCCCGGAAGGUUACUCUACCAAAGUCGGUGAACGUGGAGUUCAGAUGUCAGGCGGUCAGCGACAGAGGAUCGCUAUCGCUAGAGCCAUCCUCAAGAAUCCAGCGAUUCUAUUACUUGACGAAGCCACAAGCGCUUUGGACGUUGAAUCUGAGCGUGUGGUACAACAAGCAUUGGAUCGGUUAAUGACUAACCGUACGACGGUGGUGGUUGCUCACCGACUAUCGACGAUCAAGAACGCUGACACGAUAAGUGUAUUACAUGGAGGUAAGAUCGUAGAGCAAGGCAGCCACCAGAGUUCGAGAACCAUGGGAAACGGAAACUCCACGGAGGCGAAAGAGUCGCGCCGAUCAAAGAUGCGACAGAAGAUUCAGAACUUUCGCAGCCGCCGCCGUCUUAGUCGUCCAGGAUCCGGAAGCGUCUCCGGAUUGGUUAGUCAGAGAUCUGUGAGCGCAGAUGAUUUCGCCGGCAUUGCUCUUCUCACUCUCAUCGGCGCGGAGAUGAAGUUCAAGGACAAGUGGCUCGCCUGUGUUUCCUUCGGAGAACAAACUUUCCGUUCGGAAAUUUCAAAUUCCACAGAGAAGCCGAUUUGGAAUUCGGAAAAGAAGCUGCUCCUGGAGAAAAAUGGACCAAGUCUGGCUAGAAUCUCUGUAUUUGAGACCAAUAGACUUUUGAAGAACAAUAUCGUUGGUUAUUGUGAGCUUGAUCUACUUGAAUUCGUAGUGCAGGAACCUGACUCUGCUUGCAAGUCAUUUGACCUGUUAGACCCGGCCUCAUCUAAUGUUGUUGGCAGCAUGUUUGUUUCAUGCUCCGUUGAGGAUCCUGUUGAAACCGAGACAUGUUUCGCAAAGCGUAUUUUGUCCAUAGUGGACUAUGACGAAGAUGGAAAACUCUCAUUCUCAGAGUUCUCUGAUCUGAUGAAUGCUUUUGGGAAUAUAGUGGCGGCUAACAAGAAAGAGGAGUUGUUCAAAGCCGCUGAUCUGAAUGGGGAUGGUGUUGUUACAAUUGAUGAGUUGGCAGCACUUCUUGCCGUUCAACAGGAACAGGAGCCAAUUAUAAAUAGUUGUCCGGUUUGCGGUGAGGCUCUUCAACUUGACAAGCUCAAUGCAAUGAUCCAUAUGACUCUCUGUUUUGACGAAGGAACUGGUAAUCAAACGAUGACCGGAGGGUUCUUGACUGAUAGGCAGGCUUCAUAUGGAUGGAUGUUCAAACUAAGUGAAUGGACUCAUCUAGCAACUUAUGAUGUUGGUUUGAAUACUGGUUCAAGUGCUUCACAUAUUGUGGUGAUUGAUCGGAAGACUAAGAGGCUCGUGGAAGAGUUGAUUGAUUCAAAGAUUGUUAUGUCGAUGAGAGCUAUUUACCAGUCAAAAAUCGGGCUCCGGCUUAUGGACCAAGGAGCAAAAGAGAUUUUGCAGAACCUUUCUGAGAAACAGGGGAAGAAAAUGAACACAGUUGAAUCUGCCCAAAAUAUACCCAGCUUUCUCGAGUUUUUCAAGGAUCAAAUAAACAUGGCCGAAGUCAAGUAUCCUCUGGACCAUUUUAAGACGUUCAAUGAAUUCUUCGUACGGGAGUUAAAGCCUGGUGCAAGACCAAUUGCGUGCAUGGAUCAGGAUGAUGUUGCUGUAUCUGCUGCUGAUUGUCGAUUAAUGGCGUUUCAAUCAGUGGAUGAUAGCACGCGGUUCUGGAUCAAGGGCCGUAAGUUUUCAAUCAAAGGCCUCCUUGGGAAUGAUGUGCAGUCAGAUGCUUUUCUUGAUGGAUCUUUAGUGAUAUUCCGAUUGGCUCCACAGGACUAUCAUCGUUUUCAUUCUCCUGUCUCUGGUGUCAUUGAAAAGUUUGUCAAUGUUUCUGGAAGCUUAUAUACAGUUAAUCCGAUUGCUGUCAAUAGCAAGUACUGUAAUGUGUUCACUGAGAAUAAACGGACCAUCGUAAUUAUAUCAACAGCAGAGUUUGGAAAGGUCGCAUUUGUUGCGAUUGGAGCGACAAUGGUUGGUAGUAUCACCUUUGUUAGGCAAGAGGGAGACCAUGUGAAGAAAGGGGACGAGCUUGGUUACUUUUCAUUUGGUGGAAGCACAGUUAUAAGCGUCUUUGAAAAGGACUCGAUUAAGAUUGAUGAGGAUCUCUUAGCUAACAGUGCUAGGUCCUUGGAGACAUUAGUUACUGUUGGAAUGCAACUAGCACAAAUGGUGUGGACGAAGGCUAAGAUGAGGCUAGCUUUGUCUCUUGUUAUGGUUUUCUUCGGCAUCUCUCUUGCUGAUCUCAAAGUCGGAUUUUACUCCAAUACGUGUCCUCAAGCCGAGUCAAUCGUUAGGAGAGUUGUCUCAGGAGCUGCUCUUUCCGACCCUAACCUCCCAGCCAUACUUCUACGGCUGCAUUUCCAUGAUUGCUUUGUUGAGGGAUGUGAUGGCUCGAUCCUCGUGAACAACGGAGCAAUCUCUGAAAAGAAUGCAUUUGGACAUGAAGGCGUUAGAGGAUUUGAGAUAGUAGAAGCCGCCAAAGCCGAGCUUGAAGCUGCAUGCCCCGGUGUUGUCUCCUGCUCAGACAUUGUUGCCUUGGCUGCACGUGAUGCCAUACCUUUGGCAAAUGGACCGGCAUAUGAGGUGCCAACUGGGCGGAGAGAUGGUCGGGUGUCGGACAUGUCAUUGGCUAAGGACAUGCCGGAGGUGAGUGACUCGAUUCAGAUACUAAAGGAUAAGUUCAUGCAGAAGGGACUCAACGCCAAAGACCUCGUGCUUCUUAGUGGUAUUGAACGGCUAUUCGACAAGCAGAUUCUGCACAACAUAAAGGAUGGUUUCGCUGUGCUUCAGACCGACGCAGGUCUUUACGAGGAUGUAACGACUCGACAGGUCGUAGAUUCCUAUCUUGGGAUGCUAAAUCCAUUCUUUGGGCCAACGUUUGAGUCCGAUUUCGUAAAGGCAAUAGUAAAGAUGGGGAAGAUUGGUGUGAAGACUGGUUUCAACGGGGAGAUUCGACGGGUUUGCUCGGCCUUCAAUUGAGAGAGUAUAUGCAAUGAAAUUGAAACUGUUUA